UGGGCUAAAGCAAUGGGAGUUCCCAAGUUUUAUCGUUGGAUAAGUGAGCGUUACCCGUGUCUAAGCCAGAUAGUUCGAGAACACCAGAUUCCAGAGUUCGACAACCUCUACCUGGACAUGAACGGAAUCAUUCACGUUUGCUCGCAUCCCAACGAUGACGAUCCUCAUUUCAGAAUCAGCGAGGAAAAAAUUUUCGGUGACAUGUUUCAUUACCUCGAGGUGUUGUUUAGCAUUGUUAAACCAAAGAAAGUCUUUUACAUGGCUGUGGAUGGUGUGGCACCGAGAGCGAAGAUGAACCAACAGAGAGGGAGGAGAUUUAGGACAGCAAAGGACGCUGAAGAUUUGAUUAGAAAAGCCGAACAACGAGGAGAAUCAUUGCCCAAAGAAGCACGAUUUGACUCAAACUGCAUUACACCAGGAACCGAGUUCAUGGCUCGAAUUCAUACCCAGCUGCAAUACUUUGUCAACAAGAAAGUGACGACAGAUAGACAGUGGAGAAGUGUGAGAGUAAUCUUGUCUGGACACGAUGUUCCUGGUGAAGGUGAGCACAAAAUCAUGGAUUUCAUUCGCUGGCAGAGAGCACAAGCUGAUUACGACCCGAAUACAAGACAUUGCCUAUAUGGACUAGAUGCUGACCUGAUGAUGUUAGGUCUGACAUCACAUGAACCGCAUUUCUCUUUGUUGAGAGAAGAAGUGAGAUUCGGCGGGAAGAAAGUGAAGAAGCGUGUCACUACUCCUGAGGAGACGACUUUUCAUUUACUUCAUCUUUCUCUGAUGAGAGAGUACAUUGAUCACGAAUUCUCUGCUGUUAGAGAGAAGCUACCGUUUCCGUAUGAUCUCGAGAAGAUCAUCGAUGAUUGGGUUCUGAUGGGAUUUCUGGUGGGAAAUGACUUCAUACCGCACUUACCCAACUUCCACAUUAAUCAUGAUGCUUUACCUUAUUUGUACAAAACCUACAUGUCAGUAUUGCCAUUUCUUGAUGGUUAUCUCAAUGAAAACGGUGAUCUCAAUCUCCCAAGAUUUGAGACCUACAUGCGAGCUCUUUCAAAGUUUGAUUAUGAACAAUACGAUGACGUAGACUGUGAUUUUAAGUGGCUGGAGGGCAAACGAACAAGCAACAACUCAGGGAAAGCAACGCAGGAAGAUGAUUAUGAAGAAGAAAUCGUGGAUGGCCCUACACCCACACUAAACGAGGACAUUCCUACAGAAUAUGCUAAUCGCGAUGAAGAUUUUCAUGAAAGAUUUCUCAAGCACAAGAAGUUGUAUUACCAUAACAAACUCGGAUUCCAUGACAUUGACACAUCUGGCUUGAACGAACAAGCCAAGUGUUACGUUGUUGCUAUCCAAUGGAUUCUCUAUUAUUACUACCAAGGAGUGCCAUCGUGGAGUUGGUUUUUUCCGUAUCAUUAUGCGCCGUUUUUGUCGGAUAUUAGGAACUUUGCGAACAUUCAAAUUGAGUUUGAUUUGGGGAAGCCAUUUCGACCGUUUGAGCAGCUGUUGGCUGUACUUCCGCCAGCUAGUAAGACGUUGUUGCCAGUAGCGUAUCAGUCUCUGAUGGUGAACGAGGACUCUCCAAUAAUUCGUUUCUAUCCAACCUACUUUGACACUGAUUUGAACGGCAAACGACACGAUUGGGAAGCUGUUGUUCUCAUUCCAUUUAUAGACGAAUCUCAACUAUUGAGUGCAAUGGCUCCAUUAGAAACAAAGCUGCUGGCUGAAGAGAAAGAGAGAAACACACCUGGUCACUGCUUCAGCUAUCGCUUCAAUCCAGAAUUAAAUUUUGUGUACAAAACAAAUCACAGAUUGUUUCCUGAUAUCACAGCAUGUAGAUCACAAUGUGAGACGUUAGAGAGAGACUGUUUUGCUAUGAAUCCUACUGAGUUGAGACAAGGACUUUGUGAGGGUGUGCAGCAAGACGUUUACUUUCCUGGUUUCCCAACUUUAAAGCAUUUGCAGCACUCGGCUCAGAUGCAGAAAGGCAUUGUGCGGGUGUUUCAGAUGAUGAGUCACAAUGACAGCAUUAUUCUUAACUUGCAGCCAAUGCACAUUUCAGAUGAUGACGCUGCUACAAUUGCAAGAGAUUGGCUCAACAAGCCUUGUUAUGUGUUCUGGCCUCAUCUGACAGAGGCUCUCGUUGUAGCAGUUACGACUGAUCACGAUGUGUACACUAUAGCAGCUGGAGGCAACAGAAUGCAGCGUCGUUCACAUUCAGAGAAAAGUGCUUCUGAAUGGAAGAGAAAAGCGAGCGCAGCAUCACAACAUUAUGCAGAGAGGAAAGGAGUAAAGAUUGGACCAGUCAAAGUAUUGAUUGAAGCAUGUCUACUGCAAGGGACACGGUACGAUGUGAAUGACAGAACUGGACACGUUUCGGUUGUGAAACAGUGGGAAUCACAACCAAGCAUUUGUGCCUUUCAGACCUGCUUAAAGGACAUCUUCAUUCACACUGGAACGGAGCCUCCAACGAUGACACUAGAACAAUUGUUUCCCAUUCAUUCAGAGUGUUUUCUUCUCUCUAAUCCUCAUUACGGAUCAAUGGUCAAGGUGGUGUCUAUUGACAGGCGUGCGUAUCGUGUGCAAGUGAAAGCCACAGUGCAAUCGGAACCCAACUUUGAACAGAUUUUAGCACACAAAGAUGCUCUUUCAGAUGAGUACAGAUUUUCUGGUAAAGUUGCUGAUGGUCUUGGAAUAUCUCCUCUAGUUCUCAGUCGCAUCGCAAGCAGCUUACAGGUUGAGAGAAUAAACAAAACAAAGGCAGGAGACAAACAGACAGUCAACAUUGGCUUGAAUUUCAAGUUUUCCAAACGAAAUGAAGAGAUGCUUGGAUAUGCUCGGUAUGACGGUGACGUAUGGAAAUAUUCAAGACAAGCCGAGGAUAUUCUUGCCCAAUAUGUUACAACAUUCUCGAGACUGUUUGCCAUCUUGGAAAGGAAUCCAAAGGCCGACGUGUAUAAGGAACAGGAUUUACAGGCAAAUAACCUAUCACUAUCAGACAUCAGCGAGUGGCUGCGCUCCUUGCCGUGUCACAAAGCAGAUCUUGUUCCAUGUGGCAGCAAAAUUCUUGAUGAUAUGGUCAUUCAGGCCAUAGAGGCAGCCGUCAAUAUUAUGAAAAAGUCUGCGGCAAUAGACAGAAGUGUCACUUCUGAACAUAAGAGAUAUCUGACAUUGAGAGUCAGACCCAACGUUUUGUACCGGCCAUCUCAAUACAACGUGAAAGUCUGUCCGGAUCGUAACGCCUACUAUAAUCUCUUUGAUCGUGUCGUUUGUGUGAGAGAUUCUGGUGCGGUGCCGCUUGCAUUGAAGGGGACGAUCAUUGGUGUACAUGGAGGUGCAACUGACAAUCCUUUGUAUGAAGUCUUGUUUGAUGAGCCGUUUCUUGGAGGAAUGACAAUAAGGUGUAGUCCUAACCGAGCAUACAAGUUGCCACCAUCGGCAUUCAUCAACAUCAGCCACGGCAAGCGACUGCAAGCGUCACGAAACAGACAUCUAGUCGGUUCUUUCUCACAACCAUCACACGUUGAACAUCAACAAUACAAUCACACUCGAUCGAAUCAAAAAGGUCAGGUCAUCUUACCAUCGAAGUCACACCCAACAUCGUCACCGGCUUCAUACGGAGCAUCCAGAAAUGCACGACAAAUGAGCGAAACGAGUGGGUCAGGCCUCCUGCCACCGAGACUGAUGAACCAAGGGAAAGUGAGGCUAAUGACGCGAAAAGACGAGAAGCCGGUUGUGUCUAAAGAAUCCGACUUGGUCAGUCAUCAACAUGCCGCCACGUCUCACAAACCAAGCGACACGAAAGAAAUUCUUGAAAGCCGUUUAAUUGAUAUUAAUGAUUCAUCAGUUGAACAGAUACUGUUAGUUGAUAUUAAUGAUAAAGCUCAACUGAAUUCCGAUUGGGUGAAGGCGGAUGCGGAGGCGUUUGGGUUGGGAGAGAGUCCGGAUGUGUUGAGUGAGUCGAUGGCGACGGCCAUGCAGGAGCUUAGUCAGCUGGAGAUCAAUGUGUCGAGUGUAAACCAAGACGUAGAGGCUGCACAGAGUGAACUUGACGUCGUGGUAGAGGGUGUAGCGGAGGCGGAGAGUGAGAGUGAGAAAGAGAAGACGCCAGACAAUACAGUUGAAGAUCCAUCUGAAGUGUUGAAGAGGAUAUUGAAUGUGAAACCGUCAGCACCACAGCAUGUAGUUUCUUGGUCUUCUGCAUCACACGUUGGACCAAAUUUCAUGUCGACUCAGCCAGUGCACCGAACACAAUCGCCACUUGUCUAUGGAACACCUGAUUUCUUGAUAGGUCAGGAUGUUAGCUCAUUCUCUGUUCAACUCGCCCAAUGGUGCCAUCUUUUCAAACUACCACCACCUACAUACCAGUACAUUCCACAACCAAUGAAUCACUGGAUAUGUGUCGUUGGGCUUGAGACUGGUCAAAAAUUCAAGAGCCACUUGAAGAAUGGACGUUACGAAGCAGCAGAAAGUGCAUCAAUGGUGGCAUUGCAACAACUACCUUCACCAAUACCUCACCACUCUCUUCCUCUCAUCUCCCAAACCCCUCAAUACAUCACAGCCAAUCAACACCCGCCUUUCCAUCAGCCAUUCCCAACACAAUCCCAACCUCCAUUAUUUCCUCAUCAAUUCCAAUCGUUCCCCACUGGCCACGCCCACGCCCACCAUAAAAUGAUUUAUUCUCAAUCUCCAACAUUUGGCUCAUUGCCAAGUCCACCAAUUGGUGCAAUACCUCGCCUGCCAUCACAUCCCAUGUCUCAACCCACAGCAACGUUUCCUUACCAAAUGCCACAUCAACAGGUUGUACCUCCACACAGUUUCUACCCACAGCAUCAGCAUCCGGUGAUUUCUCAACGGCCGUUCUUGUAUGGUGAAGACGUACGUGCGAGGAUGCAGGGAGGUAUGCAGGUGCCGCGUGCUAUGCAAAUGCCUUAUAUGAUGGGAAGUGAUGUGGGUAUGGCAGUGCGUUCGGGUGGAGAAGUACGUGGGAUACCGGUUGGAUUUGUGCCUCUUCAGGUGACUCGCAAACAUCCCGAGACUGCAGCGAGAGGCAACAUCAUGUGACAAAGCGACAUCUCCACGAAUCAAGUGAUUUGUCAUGAACAGAAGCAGCGGGCACGAUGCAGCACACUUGAUACUUGACGUCACUUUUUCUUCAUUAUUUUUCGGUUUAUUUUAUCGUUUGUUUACAUUUGUAGCAAGAGUUGUAUGUCAUGUCACUUGUGCUAAGUAAGUU